GGAGACAGGCUCUGGAGGGUGGAAGUGUUAGAUCCCCGAGGUCUCUGGAGCCCCUCAGCCCCCGCCACCGCGGCAGUGCUCAGGCCCUUUCCCUGCAGAGGUCCGGAUCCCGGCGUCCUCGCCCCACGCCUGUCCCUCGGUUGGCCGGCUCUGCCGCGCCUUAUCCCAGCCAGCGGGUCUCCACCCAGUCCUAGGCCGGAAUCGAGUCCCGGAGCUCCUCCCCAGUUUACCCCACAGUAGCCCACCCGCCUCACUCCAGGCCUGGGAAUCGCCCCGCCCCGGCCUCCUGGCCCGGGUGCGCCCUGGCUCACCUCACAAAGCAGCCCACCCUUUCUAUUUCAGGGCUCCAACCCCAGGCUGGACUGGGAGCACACUCCAGUUGGGAUCUGAGGGGCCUACUCUCUGGCCUGAGCAUGUGGGCAUCAGGCUUCUAUUCUGGCUCUGCCACCUGCCCACUGUGACCUUAGUCUAACCUCUCCCUCCUGGGCCUGUUUUCCUGUCUGACCUGAGGCUCCAGUCCAUGGCAAAUUGUAGGCAAAGUCUUGAGAAAGAAGAAAUUGGGGCCAGAAAGGGAAGUGAGGAGAACCAGAUCCCAGACCUUUGGAGAGAAGGAGCAAACUGCCUCUGGCACAGCCCAUCAGGGAGAAAGCAGGUUGAGAAGAGUCCUAGGCUAACAGCCCCGAACAGGUGGGUGUUGCUCAGCUGCCUGGGGCAUGUGGUUGUAAGGCAGAACCCACAGACCUUGCAGGAAGAAGGCUUUUGGGGCCAUGGCCCAGGCCAGCAUCAACAGUGACUACAGUGAGUGGGGCUUGAGCACGGAUGCCGGGGAGCGGGCCCGGCUGCUUCAGAGUCCCUGUGUGGACACAGCCCCCAAGAGUGAGUGGGAAGCCUCUCCUGGGGGUCCAGACAGAGGCACCACUUCCACACUUGGGGCCGUCUUCAUCGUCGUCAACGCGUGCCUGGGCGCAGGACUACUCAACUUCCCAGCAGCCUUCAGCACUGCAGGGGGCGUGGCAGCAGGCAUCGCACUGCAGAUGGGUAUGCUGGUUUUCAUCAUCAGCGGCCUUGUCAUCCUGGCCUACUGCUCCCAGGCCAGCAAUGAGAGGACCUACCAGGAGGUGGUGUGGGCUGUGUGUGGCAAGCUGACAGGUGUGCUGUGUGAAGUGGCCAUCGCUGUCUACACCUUUGGCACCUGCAUCGCCUUCCUAAUCAUCAUUGGUGACCAGCAGGACAAGAUUAUAGCUGUGAUGGCAAAAGAGCCGGAGGGGGCCAGCGGCCCUUGGUACACAGACCGCAAGUUCACCAUCAGCCUCACUGCCUUCCUCUUCAUCCUGCCUCUCUCCAUUCCCAGGGAGAUCGGCUUCCAGAAAUAUGCCAGCUUCCUGAGCGUCGUGGGUACCUGGUACGUCACAGCCAUCGUUAUCAUCAAGUACAUCUGGCCAGAUAAAGAGAUGACCCCAGGGGACAUCCUGACCAGGCCGGCUUCCUGGAUGGCUGUGUUCAACGCCAUGCCCACCAUCUGCUUCGGAUUUCAGUGCCACGUCAGCAGUGUGCCCGUCUUCAACAGCAUGCAGCGGCCUGAAGUGAAGACCUGGGGUGGAGUGGUGACAGCUGCCAUGGUCAUAGCCCUCGCUGUCUACAUGGGGACAGGCAUCUGUGGCUUCCUGACCUUUGGAGCUGCUGUGGAUCCUGACGUGCUCCUGUCCUACCCCUCGGAGGACAUGGCUGUGGCCGUUGCCCGAGCCUUCAUCAUCCUGAGCGUGCUCACCUCCUACCCUAUCCUGCACUUCUGUGGGCGGGCGGUGGUGGAAGGCCUGUGGCUGCGCUACCAGGGGGUGCCAGUGGAGGAGGACGUAGGGCGGGAGCGGCGGCGGCGAGUGCUGCAGACGCUGGUCUGGUUCCUGCUCACCCUGCUGCUGGCGCUCUUCAUCCCUGACAUCGGCAAGGUGAUCUCAGUCAUUGGAGGCCUGGCCGCCUGCUUCAUCUUCGUCUUCCCAGGGCUGUGCCUCAUUCAAGCCAAACUCUCCGAGAUGGAAGAGGUCAAACCAGCCAGCUGGUGGGUGCUGGUCAGCUACGGAGUCCUCUUGGUCACCUUGGGAGCCUUCAUCUUCGGCCAGACCACAGCCAAUGCCAUCUUUGUGGAUCUCUUGGCAUAACCACUGCCUCCCAGGGAACACAAGGCCUUUGCCAUUGGUCGCAGGAACCCAUCUCUUAGAGCUAUGGGGCCAUUGUUAGUCCAUGAUCAUUCCAACUGGUGGGAUGACAUCCGGACAUCCUCUUCCAGGGACUGGGGCAAACGCAGGCCCCACACCUCUGGACAGCUCAAACCCAGUCCUCUUCCUGCUCCCCGGUGCUGGCAGUGCUGUGGAUGUUGGCAGGAAGUCUCACAUCAUAGAGGAACCUUCCUCCUCUCCCAGUUCUCAACUUCUCCAUGCCUGGAAUCCAUGGGUGAAGAGAGUCGGUAGAUCUCAUAAGAAAGAAUCCAGUCUGACUUCCUGACUUCCCUCUGGAGAAUGACUAUGGACAGAAGGCCACCAUCCUCCACAGAGCACCCUAUCCUGAGUAGGGGCUGUGCUCAUUACCCCAGGCCAGUGGUAGCUUCCUCAGGAGCCUGGUCAUUUCCAAAGGUAGCACUGAAGUCAUACAAAUGCAUAGUCAGGUAGAUUCAGGCCUUGCCCACAUCUUCCUGGGCAACCCCCACCAUGAACCUAUCAGCCUCUUUCCCAUAGCUAAUGGACAUUUCCCAGGCCUUGAGGGGCCUCACCGUGUCUCUUUCACCAAACCUGAUGGUCCAGGCUGGGCAUCUCUCCUCCUCCAUCCCCAGACAUCACCAGGUCUAUUGUUUACAAACGGUGCCAGCCCGGCUCUGAAGCCAAGGGCCGCCCCGUGCCAUGGUGCUGUGAGUAUUCCUCUGUUAGCUUUCCCCAUAAGGUUGGGGGAUAUCUGCUUUUCUGUCUGAGAUGGGCCCCUCUUUUCAGAGGCCCCAGGGUGGGUGAUGGAGAAGGCUGGGAACAUUUCAGACCCUCUGUGUGGGCUGGGCUGAUCAGAAUCAGGGUGUACCUCCCUGACACCUUUUUCAGUGAUGUUUUCUCUUCUCCCUGCCUCUCCUCUGCCUCCUCCCCCGCCAGCCCUAGCCUGACUACCCAGAGACAAAAAAAAAA